CCAGUGCAAAAUACCCCAAAUCGAACCCAACCCUAACUCGUGCCUGCUGCCGCCGCCGUCGCGCUCGAUCCAAUCCUCUGCCACCAUCGCCGCUGGCCUCGCGCUCCACCCAGUCCUCAAUCCCCCGUCCCGGAGCUCGCACUCCCCCGCCGCCGGCCUCGCACUCCCCCGCCGCCGGCCUCGCACUCCCCCGCCGCCGGCCUCGCACUCCACCCCGUCCUCAAUCCGCCGUACUCAAUCCCCUGAGCUCCAGACCUAGAUCGAGGCGCCGUCCUCGCGCUGUCCAUCCAGUCGCCGUCCGCGCACAACCCCCCUCCCCCCGACGUCCAGCCGACGUCAUUGCCAAUCCGACGGCAUCCAUCUCCGGGCUCCCGCUGCUGCCGCUCCUGCUGCUGCGGGGCUCCAUAUCCGGGAUCUUGCUGCCGCCGGAGCUCCAUCUCUGGGCUGCUGCUGCUGUCGGCCCUGCUACUGUUCGACUUCUGCCCUGUGCUACCGGGCUCCAUCUCCAGGCUCAUGAGAUCCGUCCCCAAGAUUCGUCUGUCCACCGCCCCCAACCCCAAUCCCAUUCCACGUCCCCGAGUCCCCGACCCCAUCCCUUACUCCCUUCCUUGGAGUCACAGCCUCCGACAACUCUGUCCGUCGUCGCCUUGCACCUCAGGCUGGAGGGAGUGGGCGUUGCUAGAUCUCACGACACUGCAUCUGUUGUUGACAGAACGCACCACUUGUGGCUGCUAUGUUUUCUCCCUCAUACAUGGCAUCAAUGGUGUGUCUGCCUGAUCCUACAACAAGUGUUCACUCUUUGAUGAGUCUUCUAAUCUGCAAUUUAUGCCUGGUCCAUCUUCAUGCUGCACAUGGUACUUUGACAUGGGCAUCAGCCUGACAGGAAUCCACUCCAAUUUUAUUCAAGCUUGCUAGGUUGCCAGACGAUGGGUGCCGAAAUUUCUUAUAUCUCAUAAAUUUGGAAGUCUUGAGAAGAUCAUGCAGUUGUUCCAAUAUGCCGGGGUACUGAUCCACGAGCACCUAUGGGACCGGCGGACCGGGUCCCUUUCGGUUCGGCGGGGGCGGAGAUCGUGCAAAGAGUGGAUCGAGGUGAUGCACGCGAGCGAUUUACCCAGGAGUGGUCAUGGCUCACAGUUCGGAAGAGUAGUCUGGGUCUGAAGAAGAAAUACCUCAGAUGCCGCAUGUGGCUAAAAGAGCAAAGUUGGCUGGUUAAAGAAAACCUACUAAGCCGCCAAAGAUUCCGAAUAAGAAGUCUGAAUUUGAAUCAGAGGAAGAAGAAGAUGAUAUUCCCUUGGCUCACAGUCAGCCCGAGGAUGAAUAGAUCAUCGACUCAAAGACUUUUUUCUCCAAUGGAAAUCCCAAGAAGGGUGGUCGCGGUAGAGAAAGAAACACCGCAGCUGAGAUAUCUGAUCCCGAGACUUAUAAAACUCCACCUGGAGUUGAAACAACAACCAAAAGAAAUAUCAUGCUGCAAAGGAUUCACCGUCACUGGGUGAAGAAGUGGUUCAACUAUGAGAAUGUCUAUGGAAAUAUCAGAUCUUGUUUGCAUUCACCCCACCAUGGAAUGACUGCAUAGCUGAGGGUUGCCUCGGUCUAGAUGAUGAAAAAGUCAUGCCAAAUCCUCCCACAAAUGCUCAUGUUGACUCACUGAAAACAAUUGCUGAUUUUCCCAAAGAAGUGGAUAAGAGAGCCAAGGCCGCAAAGAGAAAUGAAGUGGAACAGAGAAAUCUUGAGUUGACUCAACAAGACGUGCAAGAGAAGAAGGAUCGGGCUUUUGCCCGAAAAAGGAAGUUUGUUUCUCCUCAAGCCUCUAUAAAGAAAUCUGUUGCAAGAGAAUCCAAGAAGGCAGCUUCUGCUUCUGAGUCCUCCGAUGAGAAUGCUCCCAAAGAAAUAUCGAUGUAUAACCAGCGAGCUCUUCUUGACAAGCCAUAUCAAACUCGUUCACCAGCAAAGGUUUCACCUCCGUUCAGAAUGUCACCAAGGCUUGCUCCUGCUGGAGUCUCAGACCCUUCGGGUUCUGCUGCCCCUUCUGCGAAGAUAAAGUUGUUGCCUGAAGAGAAAGCUAUUGUUGCUAUCAAGAAGGCCAAAUCUAGGGUUCCUGCUUCCACAAAGGAACAAAAGCAUGACUUUGAGUUCAUGAUUGAUCUUGUUGAAUGUGCUGCCUACGAUGCCAAAUCAGCUGAUUUGAGCAGUUUGGAUUUGCCUGAUGAUGUUAUCAAAUUGGUAGCAAAACAUUUCACGGAGCUGGGAGAGAUCACCAAGGAGCUAAACCAAGCUGUUGAGGAUAUGAAAACCCUCGAGCAAAUGAGGAGAGAUGCAUGCAUAGAAUCUGAAAGAAAGAGCCUGAACAAGGAGAUUCUUGAGCUCACCAAAGCCCUCACUGUUAUGAGGAAUAAUAAGAUUGAGUGGCACACUAAGCUAAAAAUGGACAUUUCCCAGCUGUGUGAUCGAAGGCAUGAAGAGAUUGAACGUCAAGUGGUAAUUGCUCGAUGAAGGGAAAAGGAAGAAAAGCGUCAAAAAGCCGAGGCAAGAGUGAUGUCGCUAGAAGCUACGUCGGUAUUUCCUCAAAGAGGAAGGGAUGAUGCAGCACAACGGCGGUAAGUAUUUCCCUCAGAUAUGAAACCAAGGUUAUUGAACCAGCAGGAGAACCAAGCAACACAAUGUAAACAG